AUGAUAGUUGCUGCGAAAGCUAAAUCAGAAUUCUCAGGUGAGAGUGAGAAGAACCCAUAUCCGAAUAAGCAGACUACUAGACUAUAUGAUAUUGUUAUAGCGAUGAACAUAAAGAGCAGGAAACGACCAAAGCUUGGAUAGAAUACAAUACUGUAUUUGCAGAAGGCCAAGCCAUAAGAAAUGUUAUAGACUACUAAAAAUAAUAGCAUGGAAAUGCAGAUAGAUAAACUCAUAGUACAUAUAUAUGGGUCCUCAACAUUAACCACAGGAACAGUUGAAACAUACUAUGUAAAUGACAUUCCCAUGAUCACUAAUCCAAAUAAGCAAUAAGAUUUAAGUAUAAUCGUCAAAACUAGUGACAAUUCAACAAAUACAAAGCAUCCUAGAAAUUCAUAAAAUGCUUUUGUUCAAAUUUUUGAAUCAACAAAUGAUAUUUAUUUUGGAUCAAGAGACUCUUGGAAAAAUGAUAUGGAAUUGCAAGAUACUGAAAGAUUUGUAGAAUUUAAAAAGAACUAAGUCUAGAUUGCUCAGAUAUUUAAGCAAUUAAAUGAGAUAUUAGCUAUUUUAGAAAAUCAAUCUGAGUACCUUGAAAAUAUCUAGGUCGAGAACUAUGGAUUGCAGUAUUAAAAGAUGAAGGCUAUAUUCUUGGAGAUUUUCGGAUUAGAUAUUAAAUAGCAAGCUCACUCGCUAAACUACAAUCUUGAUGAGAAGAUUCAGGAAUACACUAAGAAGAUCCGAGAUCUAAAGUAAGAAGCGAUUAAAUCCAAGUAAGCUGGAGAAGUAGACAAGGCUUUAAGGCUUUUGAAACAGGCUAAGCAUUAUGAGUCAUUUGUUGAGCAAUAGCAGAGCUAUAAGCAAUAAUUGCAACAAUAAAACUAAUGA